CAUGAGCCGAGCGGCGGGCGGCUGGGAGAUGGAGGGGCUGCGGGGCGAGGCGGGCGGGAGCGGCCAGUGCCGCAAUUUCCUCUCGGCGGCGCCCGUCUUCGGGGCGGCGCCGUCAGGGCGGCAGGCGGGCGCGGGGGGCUUCGGGUACGAGCGCUCGGGCGCGGUGGCGGCGGGGGGGACGGGAGGGGCGCGCUCCUCGUCCUCUUCCUCGGAGGCCGGCCCGGCCAAGGACUGCUCCAGCGGGCCCCCGACGGCGGCUCCCUCGGCCUCUUCCACCGCUGCCGCUGCAGCGGCCGCCGCCGCCCUGGGCUACCACGCGGGCUACCACCCCUUCGGCAACGGCUACUACAGCUGCCGCAUGGCGCACGGCGUGGGACUCCAGCAGAACGCCGCCCUCAAGGCCUCGCCCCACGCCGCCCCCUUCCCCGGCGAGAAGUACAUGGACGUGGCCAGCCUGGCCGCCGGCACCAGCGUCCCCUCCGGCAGCGACCCCGUCGCCUCGCGGGCCAAGGACGUCUCCUUCUACCAGGGCUACGCCGCUGCCGCCGCCGCCGCAGGACCCUACCAGCACGUGCCCGCCGGCUACCUGGACGUCGUCUCCACCUUCGGCUCGGCGGCCGGAGAGCCUCGCCACGAAACCUACAUCUCCAUGGAGGGCUACCAGUCCUGGACGCUGGCCAACGGCUGGAACGGGCAGGUGUACUGCGCCAAGGACCAGGGCCAAGGAUCCCACUUCUGGAAGUCCUCCUUCCCAGGGGACGUAGCACUAAACCAGCCGGACAUGUGCGUGUACCGGCGAGGGCGGAAGAAGCGAGUGCCUUACACCAAGCUGCAGCUGAAGGAGUUGGAGAGCGAGUACGCCCUCAACAAAUUCAUCAACAAGGACAAGCGGCGCCGGAUCUCGGCGGCCACCAACCUCUCGGAGAGGCAGGUGACCAUCUGGUUUCAGAACCGGCGCGUCAAGGACAAGAAAAUAGUGUCCAAGCUGAAGGACUCUGUUUCCUGA